UCCAACAGGUUGGUCAGCUGCCCCACUCACAGCACAGCUAACAUGAAGGUGAAGGUGAUCCUGGCGGUGCUUGCUGCCGUGGUGACCGCGUACGUAUGGAGAGACGCGUUUGACCCCGAGAGUGUGCGGGGGGCCAGAGUGUUGGUGACGGGCGCCAGCAUGGGCAUCGGGGAGCAAAUGGCGUACCACUACGCCCGCCUGGGUGCCCAGCUCAUCAUCACUGCCAGGAGAGAGAGUGCCUUGCAGAAAGUGGUGGAGCGCUGUGUGGAGCUAGGGGCCCAGAAGGCGCUGUAUGUGGUGGGAGACAUGUCGGACCCUGCAGACCCCGAGAGAGUCCUCAGACAAGCUGUGGACCUGCUGGGAGGCCUGGACUACCUGGUGCUGAACCACAUUGGGAGCAACGCUUAUGGGCUGUGGAACGGGGAUGUGGACCACAUCAGGACGCUUAUGCAGAUAAACUAUCUGAGCUACGUGCAGAUGGCUGCCGCUGCUCUACCUACGCUGGAGCAGAGUGGGGGGGCUGUUGUGGUGGUGUCCUCUCUCCUGGGUAAGAUGACCACGCCAUUCGCGGCACCCUACGCCUCCACCAAGUUUGCCCUGCAUGGCUUCUUCGGCACGUUGCAGCACGAGCUGGCCAUGCAAGGCAGAAACGUGUCCAUCACCUUCUGUGUCCUGGGCCUCAUCGACACGCCCACCGCCCUGGAAAGCAUACGGGGUUACACCGAUGUCACUCCUUACCCGGCGAGUGACGCGGCACUGCACAUCAUCAAGGCGGGAGCCACGCGCCAGAAGGAGUCUUAUUUCCCAUGGUUCCACUGGUUCACCUGCUUCUUCCGCGACUGGUUCCCCUACCUCAGGGACAUCUGCAUCCAGAGCUCCUUCACCAUCCCCACCCACUGACACGUGGACCACAUCUCAAAAUGUUUCACACACGGACCACAUCUCAAAAUGUGUCAAACAAGGAUCACAUCUCAAAAAGUCUCAAACACGGACCACAUCUCAACAUGUUUCAAACAUGGACCACGUCUCACAUUUACCCAUGGAUGAGCAGAAUUACUUUCGAUAUAACAACAACCAUCAUCCCUAAGAGGGGGCGGAUCCUGAAACAAGCUUUUUUACAGGCGUGAGUUAAUGUGCAGCCAGGGCCCGAUGACAGCAGCAGGAGCUCUUUUCCCUCGUUAGGCUUAACCUAGAAAGGUUAGGUCAUCUCCAUGGGAAUCCAUAAACACUGGGAAGGGCCGUCACGCUUUUCCUGGAACACGGGUCAAGUUCCAAGAUAUUUAUCAUUUGGUGUCAUGUUAUAUACACUCCGACCUCAGGAUUUUGCUUUACUCAUUUAAAAACGUUUUGUAAUAAUUGUGUAUUAUCAAUAGUGGUGUUGUUUUUAAUAAAAAUUCAGCGUUUGACCGACAUAUAGACCUAUAGACUGGAAAGACCCUGGUAAUCUAGAAAGAUUAAGGCCUGGCCACAAAUAAUGAAAAUGGCCCAACUCGAGGGGCGGCACCAAGCAUGCAUUUGAAAAUCUUUUUCCGGACUUAGGCGCAUUUGGAUAACACUACGACCAAUGUUUACUGACUAAUUUGUUGCAGCUCUGUCGUCAUCUGUUGAGCUCGUCUCAUGGCCCGCCUUUAUCAGAUAUCCGAUGUGAUUGGUUCCUUGC